AUGGGAUCGAUAUCUCCUUCCAUCAAGAACGUGCACUUCGUGGGUAGCAUCUGUCUCCCCGACACAUCCAAAGUAUUCCGCAGACUUAACACCACAUUCCCCACCCAGUUGAAGCGUAUUCCAGAUGGCGAGCCUGGUAAUCGAGGAAACUUCGUCCUCUGGCAACGAAGCGUGUUCUACAGAUACCCUUACCUCGUCCGUUCUCUGUAUUUCUCGCUGGCCAAAGAUCCAGGCCCGAUCCCAAUUGCUCCGGAGAAGAUUAAACUUAUGCCAAUUGGAUAUGAUGAUGCUGCCAUCGAUUCGUACGCCAAGUUUUGUAGACUUCGUGAUAGUGGUGUUAUACCAAAGGGGGUGAGGUUCCAGGUGUCGCUUCCUACGCCUAUUAAUGUCCUUCAUGUAUCGAUUGAACCUGCCUAUCAAGAAGCACUGGAACCGAUUUAUACAAAGGCUUUAUUAAGAGCUGUUCGUCGCAUCCAAGAUGAGAUUCCUGCCGAAGAUUUGGCCAUUCAGUGGGAUGUUGCUGUAGAGUUUGCAUUUCUCGAGGGAAUCGUGUCACCCCCACCACAUUGGAUCAUGGCCUUGAGAGACUGUAUCGUCACACGCAUUAUUGAUUUAGCAAAAGCCAUAGACCCGUCCGUCGAAUUGGGCUUCCAUUUCUGCUACGGAGAUCUCGGACAUCAACACUUCACACAACCCAAGGAUAUGACCUUAUUAGUCGACAUCGCGAAUCGAGUUUUGACUGAAACAAGGAAGAGAAGAUCUGUCAACUGGCUUCAUAUGCCUGUACCCAAAGAUCGUGUUGAUCGCGGGUAUUUUGAACCAUUGAAAUACCUGGAAAAGAAUGAUACGGAGUUGUACUUGGGUCUUUUGCAUCAGGAUGAUCUUGAAGGAACGAGAUUGAGGAUUAGGACUGCAAGCGAAUUUGUGGAAGACUUCGGUAUCGCGACAGAGUGCGGUUUAGGCCGUGCGGAUACUGCAGAGUUUGAGAGUGUUUUUGAGAUUGCGAAGAAGAUUACAGAAGAAUAA